AAAACUGUAAAGUAUGGUCAUUGUCGAGUCAUUUACCAUAAAUGGGGUUUAUUGUUAAGAGGGGAUCCAAUCAUCAAGCAACAGUGGCGUAACUGACUUUUGGCUGCCAACAAGGAUGGCAAAUAUAAAAAUCAUGGGACUGUCACUAAAUCAUUACGCUUUUUCAUUUAUAAUACAACUCCUUCCUCAUCCAGCAAUAAGAUAUGUCCAACAGUAACGAAGAGCACGUUAAAGCACCUGAAACAUUAACAGACAAAGUUGUGGAAGGAAAGGUUGAUACUUUGGAAGGAAAUGCCCGUUAUUUGGCUUAUGCCGCUCGACUACGUACAGCUUUGGUCGCUGGUUCUCGAUAUUUAGCUUAUACCAGCGAUGUAGGUGAGGCUUUUCGACCUAUCGUUCCUCCUGUUAUCGUGACAGCAGCUUAUGGCGUUAGCUGGCUCUAUCUUGCUGGUGAUGUCGGUUACGAAGGAUAUAAAGCUCAUCAUGCUGGGCUUAAUAACGCCGAAGUGACAACGACAGUAGUAAAGAGAGGCAUAUUCCAAUCUUUAGCAUCGAUGGCUUUCCCUAUGAUGACAAUUCAUUCAAUCGUCAAAUAUAGUGCAUAUGGCUUCAAAAACGUCAAAAAUCCUAAAGUGAAAGGAUGGGGACCUACCGUCUUAGGUCUUGGAAUUGUACCUUUCUUACCUUAUAUAUUUGACGAACCUAUUGAGCACAUUGUUGACAAAGUUUUCCGUCCCAUUGAAGAAAGAGUAUCAAAGAAGGUGAUACCUCGACUCGGACAUAACAAAACCGGAGAUGAUUUGCCUACAGAACAAGAGAUUUCAGCUAAAGCAGAAUUAGAUAAGAAAUUGCGCUAACUUCAUCGACAAAUUGGAGCCAACAACUCUCUUUUCUCUUGUUUUUUGGAUCUUAUUUAUUUCAUAUAUAUUACCAAGACUUAUUUAAAUAAAACUGCCCUUUAGAUGCUCGUUUUUUUC